UAUCACAGCCGGCAACCAGCAGCAGCAAAAUACAACACCAUACCACUAUCACUCAUCGAACAAUUGAGGCAUCCGGACUCUCAAAACUGGCAAUAAAGACUUCAAUCAUCCCCACUCAUAACACAUCGUCAACAAUUAACAAUGGCAAAGGCGACAUCGCCACCCGAUUCUCCACUUUCAUCCAUGGAUGAAUCUGACGCGUUCAAUGAGGAUGGCCACGACACUCCAGACCCGAUGCCGCCCGCGAAACGACAGAAACUACAGCUAGACGUAUCAACCGCUUCCUCAGCUGUCGCCGGCCCUGACCCCAACGAUCCAGCACUGGAAGGGCUAUCCCCCGUCUCCUCUGACACCUCUGGCGACAUACCCAGUUCUCCGGCACACCACCCACACCACCCACACCACCUACGCCACGGCGAUACCGACGAUGACCUCCACGAACAGGUGUCAGUCUGCGCCUGGGGAGACUGUGAUGCAGGUGAUCUCGGCAAUAUGGAUCGGCUGGUUGAGCACAUCCACAGCGAUCACAUUGAGGGCAAGCAGAAGAACAAUUAUAUCUGCGAGUGGAAGGGCUGCGGGAGGAACCGCCAGCUACAUGCUAGUGGCUACGCCUUGAAGGCUCAUAUGAGAAGCCACACAAGAGAGAAGCCUUUCUACUGCUAUCUACCCGAAUGCGAUCGCUCUUUUACUCGUUCCGAUGCCUUAGCAAAACACAUGCGAACUGUUCAUGAAACUGAGGCCUUGAGACCAUCUGACCCAAUACCAAAGGCAAUGCAGGCUCAAACAGCAGCUGGCACAUCUACCAAGUCCGGCAAGCCGCUUACAAUCGUGAUCAAGACGCCACGAUCGCAUGCGGCAGGGGCUAGGGACUCGGUACUCGACCGUGAUGGCGCAUCUCCUGGCUCCGAAAACAGCUUCCAGUUCACCGAACUGACUUCAGAGCAGGGCUUCUCCCCUAAGGAGCUCGCAAUGCCACUCCCUAAGCUCCACAAUCUCCUACGCUGCACGCUCAAGUGGACCGAGGAGGAGCAGCAGGAACUACAGCGCGAGAUUGAGGCCGCCGAAACGGCGUACAAGAACGCUUGGCUCGAGAAGGAGGUGCUUCUGCACCAGGUCAUCCAAAACGAGAUCAACUGGCACGAGCGCCGACAGGCCGUACUGAGCGGUGUGGCAGACGUGCAAGCAAAGCCUGUGGCUGUGAAUGGCACCCCUGCCGCCGCCGCCACUGCUGCAGCCGAUGAUGCCGAUUCUGUUGGGGGACUAACAGAAGAGGAAAUGGAGACAACCAUGCAAGACUAGGCGUCGUGCAGGCCGCUCCGUGUCCAGACUUCCCAGAGCCUCCAAGUUGUCCACUUUCAUGCAGACGUGGGUCCAUCUGAACCUCCUCCCAGCAGAAUGCGUCUACGUCCCUUGGCCCCUGCCCGAGCUUUGGGUUACACAGAUAUGACUUUGACGCAGCCGACGGCAAUGAGCCGGCGCUGAGCACCGUUUUCUGUGGCUCUUCAAAUUCCGGUCUUUCAAACCCAGUCCCCGGGCAGUUUUCCCAUCUUGACUGGGGCAGCGUUGAAAGUUGAAAAAAGAGGCUUGUAAAACAGGGUACUGUUGUUUUUUUCAUAUGUAUUCAAGCAAGGCGUUUGGGGGGAUGUUUUUCACCAAGGCACAUGACUUUGACCGUUGAAUAAUAAAGAUAAUAUCUCAUGAGUACUUGCCAAGGCCAUGAAUGUACCGCUGAUGACGACGUCCGGAAGCAGCCAACACAAGAUCAAAAACAGUGGAUACAGACAACGGCAUAACUGGAAGUCUUUCAAUCUAAGGACACGGUAGGAAGGGUGCUCCUAGGAGUGGAAUCUCGCAUAUUAGGUGUUGGACAAUUCAGCCCAUCCGUGAGCUGGCAAAAGGCGGUAUACAGAGUAUUCGCCAAGAAAUACAUCCCUUGCCGACAUGAGCAAUCUCAAUCCUGACAGCGGGCAUCUCCUUGGGACCGUCGACUUUUCCCAAUGGGAGACUACAGCGUAUCGGCUGGGGUUCUCUCUUCAGACAUGACUAUGUGAUAGAUGAAAAGUUUUGUGGACUUCGGUGCUCAUUCAUCAUUAAGAUGCACUUUACGGAGUAUACAUUCACUACGAAAUUGGGCUAGGUCCAGGGUAGGUAGCGUCAACAAUGAAAGUACGCUCAAGACAAGUACCCAGGCC